GACCAUGCAGACUCCACCAUCACAAGAGAUCACGAAGUCCCAGAUUCACAGACGAGCUCCAGCAUGGUCCGAACGGGAGGUACUGGAUCUCAUCGCAUGUUGGAGAGACGAGUCUGUUAUGGGAGAACUACAUUCCAAGAAAAGGAACACAAAUACGUACGCUAAAGUGUCCAGGGCCAUGACGGAAAGAGGCUACUCCAGGGACACAGAACAGUGUCAUACAAAAAUCAAGGAGCUCAGGCAAGCAUACCAAAAAGCCAGGGAGGUGAACAGGCACUCUGGGUCGCAGCCCCAUACAUUCCGCUUCUACCGUGAACUGCAUGCAAUUAUGGGGGGUGACGCCACCACUACCCCACCACUGUCUGUGGACACCUGCAAGGGGGGAGUUGCACGGAGCGAUGAGGAAGAGUCAUUGGAGGAUGAAGAGGAGGAGGAGGAGGAGAACAGUGCACAGACGGCAAGUGGGGAAUCCGUUUUCCCCCCUAGCCAGAAACUAUUCUUAACGCUGGAGCCAAUAGCCUCCCCCCGCUCCCAAGGUGGGCUCUUGGACCAUGACCCUGGAGAAGGUACUUCUGGUGCAAAUGUUUCAACGUGGCCCCUAUCUACUCCGUCCCAGAGGCUGGUCCAGAUUAGAAGGCGGAAAAAAUGAACUCGGGACGACAUGUUCACUGAGCUCAUGCAGUCCUCCCGCACUGAUAGGACCCAGCUGAAUGUGUGGAGGCAAAGAACUGAGCAGUCCCAUAAAGCAUUACAGGAACACGAAGAGAAGAGGGACGUGCGCGACAAGAGCAGUCAGGACGCUAUGGUCAAGCUCAUGGGGGAGCAAACUGACAUGCUCCGUUGUAUGGUGGAUCUAAUGCGGGAAAGGCAGCAAGCCCACAGACUGCUGCUGCAGCCCCUGUAUAACGGCCCUCCCUCCUCCCCAAGUUCCAUAGCCUCCUCACCCAGAUGCCUAAGAACAUGAGCGGGGAGGCUAUGGGGCCCCACACACUCAACCCCAGAGGAUCGCCCAAGCAGCAGAAAGCUGGCAUAUGCGAACUUUUGAUUUGGUUUCUAGACUUGUCCUUCCCUUUUCC